AUGCCGAUGAACCUAUUGAACCGUGCUUGUGCAGAUGGUCAAGAGGAUGACGAGGAGGAGGGACUGGAAGUUGAAGAGGGCCGUCUGUUGUCUGGGGUUAGCUCUGCCCGCCUGGACCCGGAGGACGAGGGCGCAUCCAAUCGUACCAUCUUGGUGAUAUUCCGCAGGCGAUGCGAUCCGGGUGUAGGUGAGGCCUGCGCGAGCUGUGUCGGCGUCUGCUCUUGGGCGAGUCUCGUGGGGGUAGAGGUUGGUGUCAAGCUCCUGAUGUGGAAAGCUGGCGGCCGUUCGGUCGCGAUAUGCUGUCGUCUCCUUUCGCACAUCCAGCUUUCAUUCAGCCUUGCGCUUCGAUCGACGUUGACCGAGGCUCUCGAUCUGAUCCUUUCCCACCUCGCACUGUUCUACGACGACAGCUUUGCGCUCCGCGACCUACUGAUAGGAGUCGCGACCGAGUCCAGCUUCUCAGUAUCUCAGUAUCUCAGUUCCGCCGCCAUCGACUUUGAUCUCUGCAUCCACCUCGUUCUCGCAGCCCAGCUUGUCUUUAUCAUCAUGGAGCCUCGUGCGCGCGCCGGCAAGAAUGUGGGCAAGGAAACCUUCCAGACGAAAGAUCUUGCCGCCCUUAUGUAUGCCUACGGCGAUGUCCCCAACCCCCUUCCAGAGUCUGUCCGCGUUAUGGACGACAUCCUCACACAGUUCCUCGAGGGCAUCUGCUUCGAGGCCACACGCCACGCCACUGUCGCCGGCCGCCAGAAGCUCAAGUUCGAGGACUUUGAGUUCUCUCUACGUCGCCAGCCCGAAUAUCUUGGUAAGAUCAAGACCAUGAUCGACAAGCGCAAGGAGAUCACUAGGAUGCGCAAGGCCUUCCAGCCCGACGAUGAUGCCGUGGUCAACAGCCAUGGCGCAGAAGACGACGGCGGCCCCGGUGGUCCCGGUGGGAAGAAGCGGCCGGCCCCAACUACGGAGCACGAGGAACUACUUGACGAUGACGACGAUGACCCUGAUAUUGUCGAGGCCAUCCGGAAUCAGAACAAGAAGAGGAAGGUCGAACGCUAG